AGGAUAUCUCAUCAAAGAAUGGACGUGGGCUUGGCUUUGUUCGCCCGAGAAUCGGCAUCCUCGGACCUGUCGCCGUACGAGUACUGCAUGGGCAGCGACUCCAUCUGUAGCGCAUUCAACAACCUAGAUCGCGACUGCAACGAUCAAAACGGCGCCGAAUACUACGAAUGUAUCUGUGAAUCUGGAUGGGUUUCAACGAACAGGGCCUGUCGAUAUUGUAUGUAUGUCACGGGCCAAGUGAGCGUGAUCGAGUACGUGGAUUAUUUCGAUGUCUGCAGCGAGGAAGGCUUCAGUGUCGCACCGAUGCCAUCGAGCAUUGUCUCUGAGCAACGGGAGCGUAAUAAAACGGUAUCAGUGCCAGAGCCAGAGCCAAAGACGACGUCGCCUUCGACAUUGACUUCGUCUUCGACAUUCCCUUUUGAACUCAAAACCGGCUCUCAUGAGCCUCAUACUGUAACUUAUUACGGGACGCCAAGUGCUUCGCUCCCGGAUAUUGCUCCUACAGAAACAAACAUUGGAACAAGGCACAGGUUGGGUUUGGGAAACUUUCUGAUAAUUAGUAUGGCGUUGGCUCUAUGCAUCGCUGUUAGUGUAUAAAGAGGGGCUUAUUGGAUUUUAGUUCAGGACCUGGCUCUGGUCUAUAUCAUGUUCCUCAUCUUGGUAUGUUGUUCCAUACAUAUGAUAUUAUGCAUAGUGAGAUGAGUUUUAGAAAUCAUCCGUCUGACAAUAAGGGUUGGGGGCGGCUCGAGGGAUCUUAUUGUCUGCAACACACUUUGCCG